AUGCACGGCGAUCUUCGAACCGCGUUUAAAUCUGGCAAGACGAGGUCGCUUGCGUUUCGAAAGGAACAGCUCCUGCAGCUAUGUUAUCUCCUUGAAGAUAACCAUGAACGCUUUGCGCAGGCCUUCCGUAUCGACCUUGGCCGGCCGUCUGAGGAGUCGGAGCUCGUUGAGCUUACUGGUACCCUUACGGAGCUCAAAGAUGCGUACGACAACGUGGAGAAGUGGGCGUCUCCAGAAAAGGCACCAUUCUCCUGGCUGUGGUUCGCAAUGUCGCCAAGAACACGCAAGGAGCCAAAAGGGACCGUCCUCAUUAUUGGGCCAUUCAACUACCCCGUCUACCUCAUUUUUUGCCCUUUGGCGGCCGCAAUCGCUGCCGGGAACACUGUUCUGCUUAAGCCAUCAGAACUCUGUGAAGCCACUGCUUUGCUGAUCACUGAGCUUCUACCUCAAUAUCUUGACCCCGAAAUAGUCAGUGUAGUUAACGGCGGUGUUCAUGAAACGACGAAAGUUCUUGAGCUCCCGUUUGAUCACAUUCUCUACACCGGCAAUGGGCACGUCGGUCGGAUUAUUUGUGCUGCGGCAGCGAAGCAUCUCACUCCGGUCACGCUUGAGGUGCGGCCUGAUCUGUACACGCGCGAUACAGGCAAGACACCUUGCGUGAUCGAUCCCGAAUGCGACAUGAAAACGGCAGCGAAGAGGCUGAUGUGGGGGAAGCUCCUGAACGGGGGUCAGGUGUGCCUGUCCCCGGAUUACGUGCUCGUCCCGGCCACAUCCCAAGACGCCUUCAUCUCUGCACUCAAAGCAGCGUACUAUGAGUUGCAUCCGGUCAAUCCCCGUAAGUCAGGGCUGAUGGCGCGCAUGGUGAACACGCGCCACACAAUGCGCGUCAAGCGUCUCCUGGACGAUUCGCGUGCGACCAUCGUCAUUGGCGGCGAGGUCGACAUAGAGGCCUGCUAUGUUGCACCUACAAUCUUGCGUGACGUUGCGCGCGAUGAUGCGUUCAUGAGCGAGGAGAUCUUUGGGCCUAUUUUACCUGUCAUUCCCGUGAAGGAUGUAGAUGAGGCCAUCGCGUUUAUCAAUGAGGGGGACCGUCCGUUGAGCAUAUACAUCUUCUCGAGCAACGCGUCUUUCAAGGCGAAAGUCAUUGACAACACCCAGAGUGGCACCGUCCUCAUCAACGAUACAAUUACACAAAUACUGGUGCAUGGACUCCCAUUUGGGGGCAUUGGACCAAGCGGGCACGGAUAUACCACCGGAAAAUAUGCAUUCGACCAGUUCACCCAUCUACGUGCCGUGGCCGACAGUCCGAACUGGUCAGUGUCGCACUUGUCUCCAACUGCUACUCGCCGACCCGAUGUACCACGUGUUAAUCCAUGGACAGGCUUGACCCCGCACUGCUGUCUGCGAGGUACACACCGUACAUGGUGCGUCACGUAUUCCUGA